GUGUGCUCGAUAAUAUUGACCGACUGCGCUUUCCCACCUGGAUGUAAAUGACAGGCUGUUAGUCUCCUCGGAGCAAAGUUAAUUCACGUUUAACUUCCUUAAAUCGUGAAUUGUAUCGUUUUUCUUCAUCAGCAACUAGCGGGUCACGUCUAGUCCGAAUCUGCUUACGCUGCAGUUUUUGUCACCACCAACGUGUUGUUGACGGAGGUCAGGAGGUCUACAGCUGAAAUCAGUCCGUCGACUAGAUGCUUUCCCCGGGCAAGACCGUCUCCUCCCGGCUGCUGAGGCCCGCUGCCUGGUUUUCUCUGCGGCUGGUCUCUGAGCGGACAGCCGCCAGCUCUCAGCGGAAAGAGUUGAUCAAGAAACACGAACUGGAGAAAGAUGAGCUCCGGCCUCUCUACAUGGACUUCCAGGCCACCACUCCCAUGGAUCCACGGGUGCUGGACGCCAUGUUGCCAUACCAGGUGAAUUACUAUGGGAACCCUCACUCCAGAACACAUGCCUACGGCUGGGAGAGCGAGACCGCCAUGGAGACAGCCAGGAAGGAAAUUGCUGAGCUGAUUGGAGCCGACCCCCGAGAGAUCAUCUUCACCAGCGGCGCUACAGAGUCCAACAACAUGGCCAUCAAGGGCGUUGCCAGGUUCUACCAGUCCAAGAAGCGUCACGUGAUCACCACGCAGACCGAACAUAAAUGCGUCCUGGAUUCCUGUCGAAUCCUGGAGUCCGAAGGGUUCGAUAUUACCUACCUGCCAGUCAAGCAGAACGGACUGCUGGACCUGGAGCUGUUGGAGGCCUCCAUCCGCCCUGACACCUCCCUGGUGUCCGUGAUGACCAUCAACAACGAGAUCGGAGUGAAGCAGCCCAUCAAGGACAUUGGUCACAUUUGUCGCUCUAAAGGAGUCUUCCUCCACACCGAUGCCGCUCAGGCUGUCGGAAAGAUUCCCAUCAACGUCUCUGACUGGAAGGUUGACCUGAUGUCCAUCAGCGGCCACAAGAUCUACGGACCCAAAGGUGUGGGUGCUCUCUACGUGCGUCGCAGGCCCCGGGUGCGUUUGGAGCCGCUGCAGAAUGGAGGUGGGCAGGAGAGAGGUCUGCGCUCAGGCACCGUCCCCACCCCGCUCACUGUGGGGCUGGGAGCCGCCUGCAGAAUCGCCCGGGAGGAGAUGGAGUACGAUCAUCAGCGAGUGUCCAUGCUGGCGAAUCGUCUGGUCCACAAGAUCAUGUCCGAGAUUCCUGAUGUCAUCAUGAAUGGAGAUCAUGAGCAACGCUACCCUGGUUGUGUCAACCUUUCCUUUGCGUACGUGGAGGGAGAGAGUCUGUUGAUGGCCCUGAAGGAUGUCGCUCUGUCAUCUGGGAGUGCAUGUACGUCAGCGUCUCUGGAGCCGUCAUACGUCCUCAGAGCUAUUGGAGCAGAUGAAGACCUGGCUCACUCUUCCAUCAGGUUCGGCAUUGGCAGGUUCACCACAGAAGAAGAAGUUGACUACACAGCAGAGAAAUGCAUCCAGCAGGUCCGCAGACUCAGAGAGAUGAGCCCUCUGUGGGAGAUGGUUCAGGAAGGCAUCGAUCUGAAGAGCAUCAAGUGGACGCAGCACUAGACUCCUCCCACUUCCUAGCUGCCGACAGCGGACCAGCUCUUUCUUCCCGUACUCAAACACGCACAAAACUUCCUGUCCGACUUGAAGUCUGUUUGUAGCUGUAGGUCUGCGUCUGUGUGGACCCUCCUCUAGUUGCUCUUUCAGAAGAGUUGGCAAACAAACAGCGUUCUCCUCUUGUCGUAUUUCUCUCUGUUGUGUAUCAGUGAGCUUCUGUUGGCCGACAGGCCUUUUCUGUAUCCUGAAAUUAUUUUUGUCAGAGGCUGUCAUUUUUUAUUGCGGCCUGAAAUGUAAACCGACACCCACGGGGAAAAAGUGGGUUAAAACCUUUGGUUGUCGCUCCAGAGAUGGUGGUGCUCACUUUGAGACACACCCACUGAUGGCUGAGUGGGAAGUUUGACAACUGAAGUUCAAACACACAAAUUAGGACCAAGUUCUCACGGCGUGCAACAAGCCAAACAAACUAAAAAAACUAAAUAAAACUAUGCUAUUUUUUUGAUAAAUUUUAGAGGAAAAAAACAGCGUCAUUUCAAUCCACAGUCUCCUCUCGUGUACUUUUUUUCCGUACUUGUCGCAUGAACCCUCGUCCAUCAAAUCUGACACAGACUGUGGCGACAAAUUUUCUUAAAGCCAUCUCACACAAUGUGGCAUCAGUAGUCAGUGGAGCCUUUAGUCUGGUUCUCUUUGGGUUAACCCGCCUCAGUUAACUCUCAGUUUACUAAUCCCGCUCUGAGCCUGUUUAUGCCAUUACAGCCAAUCACAUGCUACAUCAGAGCCUUAGGUGUGAGAACCAGUGAGGCAGCAAAAAAGUGAGUCAGGAUGAAAUGUUUAUGAUUUACUGAGCCAGUUGACAGUGUUAACAGUAAUUAUUAUGCAGCAACAAACGUAAUUCAUUAGGAUGUUGCUCUUCAUUGAAAACGCACACGUUUCUUUUCUCUCUGACAUAUUUAUCAUAAACAGAUUCCUAAUUCUAUUCGUCUGUAGGGUGCGUAUGCUUGUUAUUUGCCAUCUUGAUUUAAACGCACUGCGUUCGCUCCUCAGAUUCUGUAAGAGUGAGAUUUCAGCGUUUCCAGUGAUCUGUUGACAGCUUUCUAAACUCCUCUGGAGAAGUUCAGACCAGCGUCAUUAUGUUGUAACUCAGCUUUACAUCAGCCCAAAGAUGGCUGACUUAAAAAUCUCUGGAAUUUGGUCGGAAACACAUUGAGCAACAGCCUCCCAGCGAUAAGAAACAAAACCAGAACAACGGGCAGUGUUGCUUCAGCUCACGAGAACGUCUGACCUUUUCACCGAUGUAUGUUCCCAGGUUAUAUGCUGCUCUGUCUGUCUCAUAAUUCAGUCUUCCCACAUCACUGUUCGUUAAACAGCAGCAUGUUGGUGAGCUAGCCCGACUAACACUGUUAGCAGGAGAUGUUUCAUUGUUCUCAGAGCACUUCACAAGACUGUAGUCGUGAUUUGACCCUAGGGGAUCAGUUUUAAAACAAAGCAGAUAACAAUUAAAAAUAGCUGCUCUCCUCUCUUCUGUUUUUUUGUCAACAGAAAUCAAAAUAUUGUCCUGAAAAUGAGUCUGAAUACAAAAUCUAAUAGUUAAACAUAGUCUUGUGUUGUGCUCCUUGGUGUAGUCUGAGCUUUUAUCUGUUAUAUUUAUUCAACACCAGCUUUUACUGUCUCCUACUGUUACUCAUCGAUACACAUUUGUGUCUAAUAAAGUGCUGCUUCACAGUUA